AUGGCAUUGUUACACUCUGCUCAUGCUCUUUCCAUUCCUGUCAGGCUGGGAAUUGACUUUGUUGCGCGGACUCACUCGUUCUUCUGGAGUAUCCAACACUCCUUGUGCAGUUUGGAAUGCGCCUUUCUUCUCAGUCGCUGGUUGCUUGCCAUCCCUGCCACACAAUCGGAGCAAAGGCUAUCAGAGCAUGAGCGCAAGCUUCUUCUGUGGAUCAAGAGCAUGAUGGAUGAAACCGACAUGGCUGUUGACCCACCGGGAGCGCCGGACUUGGAGUUCAUGACGAACCCGUACAAAGUGCGCCAGCUGAGUGUAGCAAUUGUUCGUGUCUGGGCCCGGACCUUCAAAGGAAAUACCAGCUGGGCUAUUGUUGAUCUUGUUGGGUCAAGUUUGAAUGAUUACGCCGAUCUUCUGGAGUGCUGA